AUGGAAGCACCUACAGCUCGUAGGCCACUCGCACCUGCGUCUGAUACGCGACUCAACGCCGCUUCCUCGACAACAAAGAAGCGGAAGCGCGACGAUUCCGAGCAUGCCUCAACCAGCAAUCUCAACAUCGUCGGCAAAGCAUACCGGUCAGGCGGUGGGCCUGCGGCCGUGAUAUUCAGUCCCGUCGCCACGUUGUCCCGGGCAGACCUGCCAUUCAUAUGGCUCGACAAUGUCCCGCCACCAACUGGCCCCCCAUCGGGCUACCUCUUGGAAGCCAAUGGCAGCGUGCUACAGAUCCUUGCACCCAAGCAGUGCAUGGUCGCUCGUCUGUGUCCAAACGGCCGUCUCUAUGCCCUCGAAAAGGUGCAAGAUGCAGUCUAUACAGCAAUGAUGCUACGGAACUCAAUCACCGAAGACCAAUGUCGUGACCUUGCCAGUGGAACGCCACCAAUAUUGUCACUGGAACUCCUACAGUCCGCAAAGCCCGCCUCGCGCGACCACGUUCGAUCCGCGUCAAUGUCCAGUGCAUCGUCCAAGAGAAUGUCUGCUCCUCCUAGUCCGAAGCAACCAAGAAACAAAAAAGGUGCACUAGCACGCAAGUCCAUCCUGGCACGGGCCGAUUCACAGAUCGGCUCGCCGAGCUUUGCUCCCGAAGAAGUCGUCGCGUCACCGGGAGCUGACUCGUGUAUGCUCGCAGCUUCACUGUUGCAGGAGUCACCCACCGCUAUCGCGGCAGGUCAAGAUACCGUCGAGCAAGAUCUCGGGCCUGGCCCAGCAGUGGAAGUCCAAGCUCUUCCAGAGACUGCAAUAGACGUCAAUAUUGCCGAUGAGCAGCCGCCAGCACCAGCUCUUGCUCCUACGGACGAUUUGCGGAACCAGUAUCUCGAAACACUGUAUACUCGUACGUCUCUCGCCUUCUAUGCCAAAGGACCGCUAUCGAGAGCUCGAAACCUUUGUAUGGAUCCGGAGGCAGCGGUCACUUCAGACGAGCUCAAGGAUAUCUAUACCUCGCUCGUGCUUCCUUCCAAGAAGCUGGAUACCAAGUACAAGGAAUCGGUCCCUGUUUUCUUGAAGCAUCUCACCAUCCCACCCGAAGAAGCACAAGCUACGAAGAAAAAACCACCAAAGAAGGUCAAGCUUGGUAAAGAUGGCUUCUACACUGGCGAGUUCGAGUUACUGCGUCGGUGGUGGGACGACCGAGCCAUCACUCCUGCUGGGACGAGCAACGAAGCAGCUGUCAAACGCCAUACUGAGGAAUUGCGCAAUCGGGAAGCUGAAAUGCAACUGCUGUUGAUUCUAGAGAUCAUGAUUGUUGAAUCGUUGACCGAAGCAAAGAUCAGCAGCGAAAUGCCCGUGGACCCUGUUGUCAAAGUUGAGUCAGUGGAGAAGGAUGAGGUCGAGGAAGUCAAGAAGAAACGGAAGCAACGCAGUUUCGUGACAGAACUCGACGCCUUGCUCGACAGACUAUGUAUCUGGCAUACUGUUACUAUCGACGACUUCUUGAUCUCACCAGAAAAGCAUUCGGACGGUUCCGAUUCCACAGCGCAGAGGUCCAAGGACAAGCUCAAGGAGUUCUGCGCCGACAUCAUUGUUCCCUUCUACGCAUCUAAGCUACCUCGGCAGGUCAAAAACAUCUGCAAGAAGCUAGGCGGACCCAACAUUUCUCCUCAACGACCAAGCCUCCCACGACCGAGAUCAAGCACCGCAAAAGCUCCCGCCCCGUCGAGCACCAAACCGGUCACAACCAAAACCUCCCUCCAGAGAGUACUCAGCCAGGACCAAGAGCUCCGACAUGGCUCUCCACCUAUACUUUCGAGAUCAUCGUCCAGUCACCAAAGGAGCGGAUCUGUCUUCAAGCGCGAGCCUUCCGAAGUUAUGUCCCGCCCUUCGAGUCGAGCCAGCAUGCAGAAGUCCAUGAGCUUCAGCAACCGCGAGAUCGACCUAGACGCAGACGCAAAAGUGCAGGAAACCAAGAGAAAGAGGCUAGAGAAAGUCGCGGACCAAAAGAAAGAGCUCGCCGCAGCGAUCGAGGCAUUGAAGAAACCCAACCGCACCAGCGCAGGUGUGGCACUGAUGGACGAGCUUGAGAAGCGGACCGAGCUGUCGAAGUUGCGCGUUCAGAUCACCGCUACGCCGCGCAAGGACAGAUUGUAUAUGAAUGGUCAACAAGCCGAGUUGGAUGUCGCUAGCAUACCGACCACGCAGCCACAGCCAGAACAGAUGAUUCCCUCAUCGACCUUGAAACCCACACAACUCUCCCGCCCUUCUGCCAAGAAACGAGCAGUCCUCUCCGCGAUCCACGACACACCCUCCCGGGACGUAACGUCCCGCAAGACAGAUCCUCUCCAACUCUCCUCUUCUGUCGAACAACCCAGACCCGCAGUAGUGGCCUCGACCCCAUCGACAUCCCGCCUCCGUCCCGACCUCGCAUUACCAGCGCCUGCUAGAACACCCGUGCCGGCGAAGAUGAGCAGAUCCGGCAAACCAGUUCUCUUCACGCCCCUCAAGCGCACAGACGUCAGCGUCGUAGACGCCUUCAGAGACGCGCCGGAGAUCCCCGAGCGUGCUGGAAAGGCAAUGGAUCGUGUCAUGGGUGGCAAGGCGAGUGGAUUGGGACUGGGACUCAGUGGAAGCAGUGCUGGCAAAGACGGCAGUCUGUACGCUCAGCUGGGCUGGGAUGACGACGACGACGACGAUUUACUAUAG